CGGAACACUGGGUCAGCUCUUGUCCAUAUGUGAACACUAUCGGCCGCCUCGCAUCUCUCGUUCUUUGCUUUCUUGUUAUUUCCUAUUUUGUUUUUUAAAUUCAGAGUUAAUUUUGGUUUUUCAGAAAGAGAGAGGAAAAUUGUGAGUUGGGGUUUUGAAGAAUUCGAUUGCAUGCGAUAAGAUGGGAGAAUUUGAAGAGAUUGGAGUUGAUAUUUGCAUGUUGGGUGACAGCUCUGAUAUAGAAGUUGAUGAGGUAAGGUGUGAAAAUAUCGCGGAGAAAGAUGUCAGUGAUGAAGAGAUUGAAGCAGAGGAAUUGGAGAGACGAAUGUGGAAGGACCGUAUUAAACUCAGGAGGAUCAAGGAAAGUCAAAAGAUCACAGCCCAACAGGCAGCCGAGAAGCAGAAGCCCAAACCGAAUGCUGAUCAUGCUCGGAGGAAGAAAAUGUCUAGAGCGCAAGAUGGGAUUCUUAAAUACAUGCUGAAGCUGAUGGAGGUGUGCAAAGCUCGUGGGUUCGUGUAUGGGAUCAUUCCUGAGAAGGGUAAACCAGUAAGUGGUGCAUCUGACAAUAUAAGAGCUUGGUGGAAAGAAAAGGUGAAGUUUGAUAAGAAUGGGCCAGCAGCCAUAGCCAAAUAUGAGGCAGAAUGCCUUGCCAUGGUCGAAAAUGAGAAUAAUCGAAAUGGAAAUUCUCAAAGCACCCUUCAAGACCUGCAGGAUGCAACGUUGGGGUCACUUUUGUCUUCCUUGAUGCAACACUGUGAUCCGCCUCAGAGGAAGUAUCCACUAGAGAAGGGUGUUCCGCCACCUUGGUGGCCUUCAGGGAAUGAGGAUUGGUGGGUUAAAUUAGGUUUAGCGAGAAGCCAAAGUCCUCCUUAUAAGAAACCACAUGAUCUGAAAAAGAUGUGGAAAGUUGGAGUGUUAACAGCUGUGAUCAAGCAUAUGUCACCUGAUAUUGCUAAGAUCAGGAGGCUUGUUCGGCAGUCGAAAUGCUUACAGGAUAAGAUGACUGCAAAGGAGAGCUCGAUUUGGUUGGGGGUUUUGAACCGAGAGGAAUCCCUCAUCCGGCAGCCUAGCAGUGAUAAUGGGACAUCUGGCAUCACUGGAACACCUCCAAAUGGUCAUGAUGGAAAGAACAAAGUCGCUGUUAGCAGUGACAGUGAUUAUGAUGUUGAUGGUGUUGAUGAUGGUGUGGGCUCUGUUUCAUCUAAAGAUGACAGGAGAAAUCAGCAGAUGGAUAUAGCGUCAUUUGAAGAUGAUCGCGAUAACAGUGGUGCCCAGCCUGUCCAAGAUAAAAAAAAGGGGCGAAAACAACUUAAGAGAAAGAGACCCCAUGUGAAAUCCAGGCCUGUCAAUCAAGAGUCCGCACCAUCUCUAGAAGAGAAUCUACAUGAGGAGUCAAGAAACUCUCUGCAGCAUCUACAUAAUGAGCCAAGAAAUUCUUUGCCUGAUAUAAACCACAAUGAUGCUCAGUUGGUUCCAUACGAGAUGCUUGGCACCCAACAGGAAAAUGAUAGAGUCACAUCUUUGAGGCCUCUGGAGAAAGAUCUUGAGAGUCAAUCCCAGUUACCAGAACCUGAAUUUAACCAUUUCUCUGCUUUUCCUUCUGCCGAUGCAAUCUCCACACAGAGCAUGUACGUGGGUGGCAGGCCUUUGCUUUACCCUGCAGUGCAAAAUGCUGAGUUGCAUCAUGGAACUCCUUAUGAAUUCUAUAAUCCAUCAUCUGAUUAUGGGCACAAUCCUGAUGGACAACAAUCCCAUAUGGCAAUGAAUGAAACCCAGAUGAGGCUGGAGGAUGGCAGAAUUCACGAACCUGAACUAAAUAGAAAUGGAAAUGAUAUUUCUGGUGGUAACUUGCGUCAUUAUGUAAAAGACACGUUUCAUAGUGGGCAAGAUAGACCUGUGGAAAGUCAUUAUGGGUCUCCAAUCGAGAGCCUGUCACUAGAUUUUGGAGGAUUCAAUAGUCCGUUUGAUCUUGGAAUUGAUGGGACUUCAUUAGGUACCCCUGAUAUAGACUAUUUGCUUGACGAUGACUUGAUCCAAUACUUCGGAGCAUAGAUUGUGAGAUUGGGCAAAUUCAAUUUCAAGCAAAUAUUGCUCUGCAAAAAGUUCUGCAUCUUUUGCUGACUGGAGUGAAUAACUUCUACCUAUAUUCUUUGGACAUGUUACCAUAGCUGGUGUAGUCAUUUAUGGAUCUCACAACGGUAAAUCAUGUGUUUAAAUUUUUCAUCACUCAUUGUAUUUAGAAGAAAAUUGGUAGAAUGGAGAGCUUUGUGUACAAACUUUUGUUAUUUUGCUCACUGUCCUUGGGCAAGAUGAAAUCCAAACUUUGCCCACUGUUUUCCUCCUUUUUCUUACCAGCAUGUGCACAUGUAUAUUACUGCAUUUGAUCUUUUUUCUUUUCCCCUUUUUAAUUCAGUUGUUUCUUUCAUCUGCAAAAUUUGGGCCCAUUUGAUGGCAUAACUGCCCCCUAAUGACAUGGACGGGCAGUUUUGUAUCAUAUGACAGUGCGGUUUAGUGAUACUGGGAUUUGUUUUUUUGGUAUUACUGAGAUGAAUAUUGAUUUUCUGUUCAAGUUUUGGAGUAGUGGGGGGAAAGUGAAUGUCAUUCCCAUUCCCAUUUUGCUUCUCUAUUGUUCAAGGCAGUGAGUGAUGGUAGAAACUGCUAGGUGAAGAAGUGUUUUGAGUGUUAGCUUGUGGGGGGUGUCUCCUAAUCUUCUUCUGCUUGCAGAGGAGCUUGUCUUUUGGCUUGGCCGUAUUCAAGUAGGGUUUUGGGUUUAGGGUGGAGAAAUAUUGGAGAAGAUCACAAGGUUAAGCAUCUGUGUGGGUAUUAUGGAUCCUAAUGAUGCAGAUUUUGAGGUAAAAGAAUGAUCAAUCUGGAAGCUGGUGAAUCAGGAAGAUGGAUAAAGAUGGGAGUUUUGUGAAAAAUUUCUGUUUUACAUCAAGGAAAAUGUUUUCUAUCAUAAAAUACGUGGUCAAAAUGCCUUUAUUGUAAUUUAGGACGUUUAAAGGACGGCGGCACGACAUGUCAGGGUGAUCAAUGUGGGGGCCACGGCAAUGAUUGGAGCCUUUUGGACGUCGUCUUACAAACAGACAAACUUAGCAGCUCUCUGUCUCUCGAUGCAUCAUUCUCCGCGUGUCCGCAGUCGAGCUACCGACUUGGUGAAUGACAAUGUCACCCCACUCUAAAUUAAGCUCCGAUGUUGUUGGUGGUCAUUUUAGCUUACUUCGAGGUUAGGACUGUCUUUCUAACCCUAAUGAGAAAAAGAAAAUUUGAAGACUUCGUCAGGAUAUAUGAUAUAUGAUAAUUCAUGUCACCAUUUUCUUCUGUAUAUCGUGAAGAAAUUAAGGAGGAGAUGGAAAAGAGAAGAGGUCUUGCUAAUUUUAAUGGUGAUUUCACCUCCAUUUUUCCACACUUCUCCUACUACCCUGGUUUUUGAAGGUGGAAGAAAAAUGGCAGAAGGUCAGUACAAGACCAGGCAGGCAGAAAUGGUAAAAUAAAAAGAGAAAAACCCUCUUCCUUGAAUACCCAUGUCUAUUAAUUUCAGCUCUGAAAUGGGUUCUCUCCAUCUUUCUUUUUAAUGGUGUUUUUUGCUUUGCUUUUUCCUUUUUCCUUUUUUUGGGGGAAGAAGGAAGUAGAGAGUAGCAGAGGUAAUGGUAAUGGCGUAGAAGACUAUGAAAGGCAAGUUCCAACUGGACCCGACCCACGUCACCACAACUCCAACCCUUCUUCCUAUGUAUCCUGGGAUUCUCACCAGAGCUUUUGUUUUUUUGUUUUUUAUUUUUAUUUUUUUUAAUUUUAUUUAUGCAGAUUAAUUAUACAGUCUCCUACUGCUAGCUAUGUAUUAGGGUUUUGUUUUACAUGUGAAAGCAAGUUCCAUCAAUUUUGUUGUUUCUGAUA